AUGUUGAUCAUGGAGGGUAGUUCAAAGUGGUUAGUGUAUUGUGCUGGUGCUCUUCUAGUCCUAAGGUUCAUUCUCAGGAAUGUAAACUGGUUUCUGUAUGAAUACAAACUGGGUGGGAAGCAAUACUUUCUUCCCCCUGGUGACAUGGGGUGGCCCAUAAUCGGCAACAUGUGGUCCUUCCUCCGUGCCUUCAAGACCAUUAACCCUGAAUCCUUCAUGGACUCCUUUUACUCCAGGUAUGGAAAGACUGGGAUAUACAAGGUGUUGAUGUUUGGAAAUCCGAGUGUAAUAGUGACAACACCAGAAGCAUGCAAAAGGGUGUUGACAGAUGAUGACAACUUCUGUCUUGGAUGGCCUCGUUCCACUGUGGAACUCAUGGGAGAGAAGUCUUUUAUCGCAAUACCUUUCGAAGAACAUAGACGCCUUAGGCGCUUAACAUCUGCUUCAAUCAAUGGCUAUGAAGCACUCUCUUGUUACAUCAAAUAUAUUGAAGAAGUUGUCAUAAGUUCAUUGGAGAAAUGGACCACCAUGGGGGACAUUGAGUUUUUGACUCAGAUGCGCAAGCUCACUUUCAAAAUCAUUAUACAUAUUUUUCUUGGUGCAGAAAGUGAAGAUGUUAUGGAGAAUUUGGAAAAAGAAUACACUAAACUUAAUUAUGGAGUUAGAGCCAUGCGAAUUAACCUUCCUGGAUUCGCAUUCCAUAAAGCACUCAAGGCCAGGAAAAAUCUACUUGCCAUAUUUCAAUCUGUUGUGGAUAAACGAAGAAAUGAAAGGAGGGAAAGAUUACCUGGCAAAAAGGCCAAAGAUAUGAUGGAUGCUCUGAUAGAUGUUGAAGAUGAAAAUGGAAAAAAAUUGGGUGACGAUGACGUGAUCGAUAUCAUGUUGAUGUACUUGAAUGCUGGUCAUGAAUCCUCAGGACAUAUUACCACGUGGGCAACCUAUUUCCUCCAAAGGCAUCCAGAACAUUUCAAGAAGGCUAAGGAAGAACAAGAAAAAAUUAUAAGGAACAGGCCUCCAACUCAGAAAGGGUUAUCACUAGCUGAAGUUCGGAAGAUGGAAUACCUUUCCAAGGUGGUUGAUGAAACACUGCGGGUGGUCACAUUCUCACUAAUGGUCUUUCGAGAGGCAAAAGCUGAUGUCAAUAUCAAUGGUUACCUGAUUCCAAAAGGUUGGAAAGUAAUGGCCUGGUUCAGGUCUGUUCACCUUGAUCCCGAGAUAUAUCCUAAUCCAAAGGAGUUUAAUCCGGAGAGAUGGAAUGAGGUGCGCAAGGCUGGAGAAUUUCUUCCUUUUGGAGCAGGAACUAGACUGUGUCCUGGGAAUGAUCUUGCCAAGCUGGAAAUCUCAGUUUUCCUUCAUCAUUUUCUGCUGAAUUACGAGCUUGAACAGCUUAAUCCACUUGCCCCUCUGCAAUUCCUACCUCACACAAGGCCCAUUGACAACUGCAUGGCAAGAAUCAAGAAAGUGAAGUAA